UUCUGACAAAUAGUUGGUGGCUACAGAUAUAUUUUUGGAAAGAACGCAGAGAAUCACCAUUCACCACUCAUUCCCCUCCACACUUCGCUAUGCUCUCUGCCACAUUCCCCUCCCUUGUCCUCACCCACCACCACCAUCACCACCACAACCUUCACCGCUCAACGCCCAACAAUCUUAACGAAUAAUCAAACACAAAUUCCGACCAGACACACACUUUUUCACAUCGUUCUUCCUUCCUCAACCAACAUGAAUCCCUCCUGUCGCUUCGCUUCGGCUAAACACACUCCCUUCCUUCGCAACUCUCACGCCACCUCCAUUUUCUUCCUCCGAAACUCCCACCGCGUCAACACCCUCGUACCCUCGCUACCGCCGAUACCGCCAAAACCUUCCUCGCUUAGCAUUCUCAGGUUCAGGCACUUGAGCGCCGCCAAGCGCUUUGCCACGCUGUCGUCUUUCGCCGAAGGGGAGGCGGAGGGGCGGAAGGAGGGAGUUCGAGCGGCGAACGGCGAUGAGGUGGAUGGGAUUGCGAAGGCCUUUGACAUAUCAUCGGGAACCGCGUCGGCCAUAUCGAUAUGCAUGGCUUUGGCGGUGCUGAGCUUCCCGCUGAUGAUGAAGUCGCUGGGGCCGGGGCUGGCGUUGAAGACGAGGGUGCUGUCCUACGCGACGUUGCUGUUCGGGUUUUACAUGGCGUGGAACAUUGGCGCCAACGACGUGGCGAACGCUAUGGGGACCUCGGUGGGGUCGGGGGCGCUGACGCUGAGGCAGGCGGUGGUGACGGCGGCGGUGCUGGAGUUUUCGGGGGCGCUGUUGAUGGGGUCGCACGUGACGAACACGAUGCAGAAGGGGAUUCUGUUGGCCAAUGUGUUCAAUGGGAAGCAUACUCUGCUCUUCGCUGGCUUGCUCUCUUCUCUGGCUGCUGCUGGUACUUGGUUGCAGUUUGCAUCAUAUUAUGGUUGGCCAGUAUCUACUACACAUUGUAUAGUAGGAGCAAUGGUGGGGUUUGGUUUAGUAUAUGGAGGUCCUGGAGCUGUUUACUGGGGUUCACUAGCAAGGGUGAUCUCUUCCUGGGUUGUGUCACCACUGAUGGGAGCAGCUGUAUCAUUUCUUGUCUACAAGUGCAUCCGAAGGUUUGUAUACAGUGCACCUAACCCCGGACUAGCAGCAGCUGCCGCCGCACCAAUUGCUGUAUUUCUAGGUGUUACCGGGAUUUCAUUUGUUGCGUUUCCCCUUAGCAAGAGUUUUCCUUUAGCUUUGGCACAAGCUUUAGUGGGUGGAACUGUUGGUGCUUUUCUGGUUGACAGAAUCAUCAGAAAGCAGCUGGGCCAUCUUCUUGUCAAGUCAAAUACUCCAAAGCCUGAGCCAAAAGAAGGAACUGUCCACCACAACAUAGGAUUCCUGGACGAUGUUGCAGGCCCAAAGGGUGCUCAAUUGGAAAUAGUUUAUGGAGUGUUUGGUUACAUGCAAGUUCUUUCAGCAUGUUUCAUGUCAUUUGCUCACGGUGGAAAUGAUGUCUCCAACGCCAUAGGUCCACUGGCAGGUGCACUGGCUAUCCUUCAAGGUGGUGCCAUGGGAGCUGAGAUUGUCAUUCCAACUGAUGUUCUCGCUUGGGGAGGAUUUGGAAUAGUUGCAGGGCUAAUGAUGUGGGGUUACAGAGUGAUAGCUACAAUAGGAAAGAAAAUUACAGAACUUACUCCGACCAGAGGAUUUGCAGCUGAGUUUGCUGCUGCCUCUGUGGUUCUGUUUGCUUCAAAACUGGGGCUACCCAUCUCUGGAACCCAUACUCUAGUAGGUGCAGUAAUGGGUGUUGGAUUUGCAAGGGGAUUUAACAGUGUUAGAGCAGAAACUGUGAAGGAGAUUGUGGCUUCAUGGGUAGUUACUAUUCCGGUUGGUGCUGUUCUCUCAGUCAUCUACACUUGGAUCUUGACUAGGAUUUUGUCCUAUAUUUUAUGAGGGUGCAUUCUGAGAUAUGAAAGCUUAUAUAUAGGUGGUUAAUUCAAGUUACUGUCACCAUCUUUCAAAGCAUUGUUUUGUGCAGUACAAAUUGGAGAAGAGGGGAUUGGUGUGGCUGCACAUGCAUCGUGGAUGGAAGAUUCUUAACUCAGUUGGCAAGGGAUGAAUCUUUUAUGUUCGGAUGUCAAGCCUGUGAUUACUAUGUUCAUUUAAUCUCGGAUGGAAAUUUAAUAAGAAAGAAAAUGAGUGGAGCAUUCCUCAGCUCCAGCAUUUUUAGACUUUUACUAUUUUUUAUUAAUAAGCUUCAUUGUUAUGUUAAAAGGUUACAGAUUCAGCGAUAUUGAUCUGUAUUUAGUGAAUUCAUUUAACCUUGUUGCCUCA